CAUGAAAGAAGUGAGUGACAAAUCUUAAAUAGUUGAUGGAAAACGUAAACGUGUAAUGUCUAUGAAUGGUGUGAUGUCUGUAGUAACAAAGGAACUUUUAAGAGAAUAGAAAACUCCAGUUCCUAAGGUUUAAAAAACAAUAGUUAAGAAACAAGAUUAUAAUAAGAAAGUGAUUGAAAAGCAAUAAUGUAAGAAUGAUAAACGAGUUAAAAUAACAAAAUCAGCAUUGAAAGAAUUAAUAUAAAGUCACUUUAUUGUGGUUAGUGAUAAUGAAGAAGCCAUGAUCUAAAGCAGCAAGUAUUAAAUAAUGUUAUUUAUCAUAGAUAAUUUAAGAACUCACUGGUUGAAAAGAAAUAAAUAAAUAGUUCAUCAUCAGAUUCUCAUUCAGAUUCUUCAUCAUCAUCAUCUAGGUAAAUAUCAAUUAAUAUUAUAUAAAGUUAUUGAAGAAGAGAUUUUUGAUGUUUAAAUAUAUAUAUAUAUAUAAAUAUAUAGAUAAUUAUAUGAAUCAAACACUUAUGAGAUUAACUCUCACUCCUAAUAAGAUGAUUGUACAAAUUUAAAGAAACUCUAGAUAGAUCCUGACUCUCAAUUAACUAGAAUUUCUAACAAGUUGAUCAUUGAUCGUGGAAAUAUGAAAAUGUGGGAAAGUAAAGAAAAAUUCGAUUAGAGUUUUUAACCAAGAAAGAUUUUUGGUAUUUUGGGUAUAUUUGAAGUAAGCGGAAAGCCUGUCUUAUUGUUUAUAGAAGAUGCAGAUAUUAUUGGAGUAAUGGAAGGAUGGCCAAUAUAUUAAAUUACAAAAGUAGGAUAUGCAGAUAAAGUAUUACAAAUUUAUUAUUUUAGAAACAUUAAGAACCAGAUCAUGAUAUAUUUGAAAAAGAUUAAUUAGAAAAAGUGAAGAAUCUAUUCAUUAAUACAUUUUAUUUUAGUUAUGGAAUAGAUUUAACUAGUUAAUCAAAUUAUUAACAUAAUCGAUUUUGGUGGAACAAUAAUCUUUGUAAAAUGUUUCCAUCUGAAUGGCAAUUAAAAAUUAUAUAAGGUUAUGUUGGGAUCUUUUAAAUAACAUUAAGAAAUUUAAGUCAAAUCAAAUAUUGUUUAAUUAGUAGAAGAUCUUUUUAUAAAGGAGGUUCUAUUAGAAAUGAUACUGGUAUAGAUACUGAUGGUAAUGUUGCUAAUUACACUGAGACUGAAUAAAUAGUUUAUAUGAAUAAUGAAAAGGCUAAAUAGAUUUUAUGUAGAGGUAGUAUUCCUCUCUUUUGGUAAUACAAUAUUUUUAAUAAUUCUAUUGUAAUUAGUUAGGAAGAUCCAAAAAAAGCAUUAAAUAAACAUUUUCAAAUUCUAUUGUCAAAUUUUAUAAAAAUUCAUUUUAUAAAUUUAGUAGAUGAUGGUUCAUAACUCUCAAAUUAAUUAGAUAGAUAUCUUACUGAAUCUGAAUAAUUGUCUAUCUAUAAAUUCAAUUUUAAAAGAGCAUUUCUUAAUAAUAAUAAAGAUUUAGAUAGUAUAAAUAAAUUUCUAGAGAAAAUAAAUGAAUAUAUUGAUUUCUCAUCCAGUUUAGGAUUUAGAUAGUAAAAUAUAAUGAGAAUUAAUUGUUAUGAUUGUUUAGAUUAAACUAAUAUUGUUAUGACUAAAGUUGCUAUGAUGGGAAUCUAAAAAAUUCUAUAAUCUUUUAAAGUUGAUAUCUUAGAGGAAUUCAAUGCUUAAAAUUUAUAUAUUGAUUUAGACAUUCCAAGUAUACAUAAUAUACAUCCUUUCCUUCUUUAUUUUAAAUCAAAAUGGAUGGAAAAUGGUGAUCAAUUAAGAUUAAUUUAUAAGGUAGGAUAAUAGAAUAGUGAUUUAAAUUAAUUUUAUAAAAAUAUGGUAGAAGAGAAAUAAUUGAAAGAAGUAAUUCAUAGAGUACUUGGAUUUCCUAUAUCUGAAAGUUAAGCCAAUGAAAAUAUUAUGAUGUUAGAAAGAACAAUGAAAAAGAGAGAAAAUGAAUAUACAUAAUUAUUAUAGAAAAGUGUUUAUGUUGUAACUUGGAAUAUUAAUGCUCAUUAACCUAAUGAUAAAUCUUUGUAUAAUUAACUCUUUUAAUUUACAACUCCUCCUCAUAUUGUUGCCAUAGGAUUUUAAGAAUUAGUUAAACUUAAUACUUUAACUGUAGUUGGUAGAUAAAAUAGAGAUGUUAUUGAAAAUUGGAAAUAGAUAUUAUAUAAUUGUCUAAAUACUAAAGCAAAAUAUGUAUUAGCAGCUCAAUAAGUUAUGGUAGGAACAUUCAUUUUAGUAUUUGUUUAAGAUGAUGAAAAAUUGCACAUUUCCAAUGUCAAAACUGAAAUUGUUAAAUAUGGAUUUGGAUAAUCAUUAGGUAAUAAAGGAGGAGUGGUAAUAAUAAUCUAAAUAUAUAUAGAUCAUUAAAUUAAGAUUUUAUGAUAGUAAUAUCUGUUUUAUUAAUGUACAUCUACCAGCUGGAUAAAAGUCUAAUGAUGAUAGAAUGGCUGCAUUUGAUUAUAUUCAUAAUAGAGCAGAAUUAAAUUAAUGUGAUUGGGUUAUAACAUUUGGUGAUAUGAAUUUCAGAAUCAAUCUAACCCAAUAAUAAGUUGUAGCUAGUAUCUAAAAUUAUUAAAAUAUUUAAAAUUAAGAAUAAAAAGAAGCUAUUUUAAAACAUUUAAAAGGUAUUAAAUCUCUAUAUAUAAAAAGAAUAUGAUUAAUUACAUCUAGAAAAAUUAAAAUCUUAAUUUCUAAAAUAAUUUCAUGAAGCUGAUAUUUAAUUUUUACCAACAUAUAAAUUUGAUAUAGCAACUGAAAUCUAUGAUACAGUCAAAAAAAGAGUUCCUUCUUUUACAGAUAGAAUUCUUCUCAAAAAGAUUUAAAAAGUUGCUAUUCAUUCAGUUGAAUGGUAUGAUAGAAUUUAAGGUAAUUUUCAAGUUUCUGAUCACAGACCAGUUGGAUGUCUCAUAUAAACCUAAGUAUGUGAAAUAGAUAAAAAGAAAAAAGAAAAUUUAUUUAGAGAAUUGAUUCAAUUAGAAGAAGAUGAAUAAUUCGGACAUUAAUAUUUCCCAAAAAUUUAAAAUAUUAAAAAUUUUGAGCCAUGUACCAAGUAUAGGUAAAGAGCUGUAUAAUAAAAUAUUACUUUAAAACCAGAUAAAGAAUUGUUAAUGAAACUAUGUGACCCAGAAUUUGAAUGA